GCGGGGACAAAGGCCGCCGCCGCCGCGCUCUGGCCGGCCCGUGCGCCGCGAACUGCUGGGGCCGGGCUGGGACUCCGGGCGUCCCGGACCUCAAAGCGCGCUCGCGCCCCGAGGAGCCCGCGCGGCGAUGGAGCUCUCCGGGGAGCUGCAGGGGCCAGCGCAGGGCCAGCCCGCCUGCCCGCCGCCCGCGCCGCCCCCGCCGCCCCCUCCUCUGCCCCCUCCUCCCCGCCCCGCGGCGGCGCCUCCGCGCUCGGGGAACAUGGCGGCGGCGGCGGUCGGACGGGACACUUUACCUGAGCACUGGUCCUACGGCGUGUGCCGGGACGGCCGCGUCUUCUUUAUCAAUGACCAGCUCCGCUGCACCACCUGGCUGCACCCGCGCACCGGGGAGCCCGUCAACUCGGGCCACAUGAUCCGCUCAGACCUGCCCCGCGGCUGGGAGGAGGGCUUCACGGAGGAGGGCGCCAGCUACUUCAUCGACCAUAACCAGCAGACCACAGCCUUUAGGCAUCCUGUGACUGGACGGUUUUCUCCAGAAAACAGUGAAUUCAUUCUUCAAGAAGAGCCAAACCUACAUAUGUCGAAGCAAGAGAGAAACCAAAGGCCGGCCAGCAUGGUCAGUGAAACGUCCACAACCGGGACCACUUCCACCCUGGAGGCCAAACCUGGACCCAAAAUCAUAAAGUCCAGCAAUAAAGUCCACAGCUUUGGAAAGAGGGACCAGGCCAUUCGGAGGAACCCCAGUGUUCCGGUGGUGGUGAGGGGCUGGCUGCACAAGCAGGACAGUUCUGGGAUGAGGCUGUGGAAAAGGAGGUGGUUUGUGCUUGCUGAUUACUGCCUGUUUUACUACAAAGACAGCCGAGAAGAAGUGGUCCUUGGGAGCAUCCCUCUGCCCAGCUAUGUGAUCUCACCUGUGGCCCCUGAGGAUCGCAUAAGUCGCAAGUAUUCCUUUAAGGCCGUGCACACGGGGAUGCGAGCGCUCAUCUAUAACAGCUCCACGGUGGGCUCCCAGGCUGAGCACUCGAGCAUGAGGACCUACUACUUCAGUGCUGACACCCAGGAGGACAUGAACUCUUGGGUCAGGGCCAUGAACCAGGCUGCCCAAGUGCUGUCUCGAUCAUCACUGAAGAGGGAUGUGGAGAAGGUGGAGCGGCAGGCCGUCCCCCAGGCCAACCACGCGGAGUCCUGUCCUGAGUGUGGCCGUGUGGGACCUGGACACGCCAGGGAGUGUCCUCUUCGUGGCCACGAGGACUCCUUCGGUUUUGAGAGGCGGGAGCAGGAGGAGGAACGGUACCGUUCCCAGAGGGACGCCCAGGAGGGCAGGCGGGACAGGAGCAAGACCAGGUCGCCACACUCGCCAGCCGAGGAGGAUGCCUUGUUUGUGGAUUUACCUGGUGGCCCCAGAGGCCAGCAGGCGCAGCCCCAGCGGGCAGAGAAGAACGGCGUGCUGCCUGCCUCCUACGGCCCAGGAGAGCAGAACGGGACUGGCGGGUACCAGCGGGCCUUUCCUCCCAGGAACCACCCUGAAAAGCACAGCCAGCGGAAGAGCAGCCUGGCCCAGGUGGAGCACUGGGCGAAGGCCCAGAAGGCGGAUGGCAGGAGCCUUCCCUUGGACCAGACACUUCCUCACCAGGGUCCUAGUCAGUCCCUGUCCUUCCCAGAAAACUACCAGACUCUUCCCAGGAGCACCAGACAUCCCUCAGGGGGCUCCUCUCCCCCACCCCGCGUCCUGCCAAGUGACUACAAGUACGCGCAGGAUCGAGCUAGCCAUCUGAAGAUGUCGAGUGAGGAGCGCCGGGCACACCGGGACGGCACCGUGUGGCAGCUCUACGAGUGGCAGCAGCGCCAGCAGUUCCGGCACGGGAGCCCGACAGCGCCCGUUUGCAGCGGCUCACCUGAGUUCACUGACCAAGGCCGGAGCAGGAGCCUGCUGGAGGUGCCCCGCUCCAUCUCUGUGCCUCCAUCUCCCUCGGAUAUUCCUCCCCAGGGGCCCCCAAAGGUCUUCCCACCCCGGCGGCCACACACUCCAGCAGAGAGGGUCACUGUGAAGCCACCGGACCAGAGGAGGAGUGUGGACAUCUCGCUGGGGGGUUCACCCAGGAAGGCAUGGGGCCACGCGGUCAAGAACUCCUCUCAUGUGGACCGGCGCUCCAUGCCCUCCAUGGGUUACAUGACCCACACAGUCAGCGCUCCCAGUCUACAUGGGAAAUCGGCUGAUGAUACCUACCUCCAGCUGAAGAAAGACCUGGAGUACCUAGAUCUAAAGAUGACAAGCCGGGACCUUGUCAAUCGAAGUCUGAAGCCCGUGAAGAUUGCAGAAAGUGACAUUGACGUCAAACUAAGUGUCUUCUGUGAACAAGACAGGAUCCUCCAGGAUGUGGAAGACAAAAUACGGGCCCUCAAGGAGAACAAAGACCAGCUAGAGUCUGUGCUGGAGGUCUUGCACAGACAGAUGGAACAGUACAGAGACCAGCCCCAACACUUGGAGAAGAUCGCCUACCAGCAGAGAUUGCUACAAGAGGACCUCGUCCACAUCCGGGCAGAGCUCUCCAGAGAGUCCACUGAGAUGGAAAAUGCCUGGAAUGAAUACCUGAAGUUGGAGAGUGACGUGGAGCAGUUGAAGCAGACCCUCCAGGAGCAGCACAGGAGAGCAUUUUUUUUCCAGGAGAAAUCACAGAUACAGAAGGAUCUGUGGAGGAUUGAAGAUGUCAUUGCAGGCCUGAGUGCAAAUAAAGAAAACUUCAGAAUCCUGGUGGAAUCGGUCAAAAAUCCAGAGAGAAAAACAGUGCCUUUGUUUCCUCACCCACCUGUGCCUUCACUCUCGACUUCUGAGAACAAGCCACCCAUGCAACCCAGCCCUCCAACCAGCCCUGUGCGGACCCCCCUAGAGGUUCGACUCUUUCCCCAGCUGCAAACCUACGUGCCGUACCGACCUCACCCACCCCAGCUGAGGAAAGUGACAUCUCCCCUUCAAUCACCAACCAAGAUGAAGCCCAAAGUUGAAGACGAGGCACCUCCCAGGCCUCCACUCCCUGAACUCUACAGCCCAGAGGAGCAGCCCCCGGCCGUGCCACCUCUGCCGAGGGAGGCCACCAUCAUCCGGCACACUUCCGUGCGGGGCCUCAAGCGGCAGUCGGACGAGAGGAAGCGAGACCGGGAGCUGGGGCACUGUGUGAACGGGGACGCCAGGGUGGAGCUCCGGUCAUACGUUAGUGAGCCUGAGCUGGCGACCCUCAGCGGAGACAUGGCCCAGCCCUCCCUGGGACUCGUGGGCCCUGAAAGCAGGUACCAGACGCUGCCAGGCAGAGGGCUCUCAGGAUCCACGUCAAGGCUCCAGCAGUCAUCCACCAUUGCUCCCUACGUCACCCUCCGGAGGGGUCCAAAUGCCGACAGCAGCAAGAUGACCUUCCCUAGACCCAAGAGUGCCUUGGAGCGCCUCUACUCAGGGGACCACCAGCGAGGCAAGAUGAGCGCAGAGGAACAGCUUGAGCGCAUGAAGCGGCACCAGAAGGCCCUGGUCCGGGAGCGCAAGAGGACGCUGAGUCAAGGAGAGAGGGCGGGCCUCCCCUCCUCCCGCUACCUCAGCCACGCGCUCCCUGGAGAUCUCGGCUCAUGGAAGCGCGAGCAGGACUUUGACCUGCAGUUGCUGGAACGGGCCGUGCGAGGGGAAAGAAAGGACAAGGAGGAGAAUGGCUGGUUAAGAGUGCAGGCCAUGCCUGUCACCGAGUUGGACCUGGAGCCUCAAGACUAUGAUUUGGACAUCAGCAGAGAGCUGUCCAAACCAGAAAAGGUCUCCAUCCCUGAGCGUUAUGUGGAGCUGGAUCCUGAAGAGCCUCCCAGCCUUGAGGAGCUGCAGGAGCGGUACCGCAAAGCCGAAAAGAUCCGCAACAUCCUCACCCGGUCAAGCAUGUGUAACCUGCAGCCGCCAGCAGGCCAGGACCGGAACAGCAUGGCUGACCUGGACUCGCAGCUGCAGGAGCAGGAGCGCAUCAUCAACAUCUCCUAUGCCCUGGCCUCCGAGGCCUCCCAGCGCAGUAAGCAGGUGGCAGGUAAGGCCACGGGUGCCAGCCUCCAAGGCCCAGGUCUGGGCCACUCUUCCUUGGGAUUCAGAGCCCAGCAUGGCCCAUCCCAGUGGAAAACCAGGUGUCAGGGUUAGUGGUGGAGGACCAGUGAUGUGUUCUCUCGACCAGAGAUUGCCACAUCUCGCAAGCACAGCAGGGUUGGAUGGGGAAGUUGGGGAGGUCAGGCAGUGGCAGGAGGCACUGGGGCAACCACAGCUCAGGAGCACAAGGGGAAAGUCCCGGGAGAGGAUGUCUCUAGCUCACUCUUAAAUCUGGGAGCUGGGCUGAUUUAACCUUUCUCUGAGAUUGCCAGUUAAGAACAGGUUUGUCAGGCCUCUGAGCCAUGAGACUCAGGCUAAGGUUUCUGACCUCAUGAAGAAGGGGACAGGAAGGUCACUGGUACUAGGAUUUCUUGCUGAGGCAAAGCAAAAGAGGGGUCCUGUAGCAAGGGGGCCUGGCAUCCCUGCUCAAAACCAAAGCCAUUGUUCACUUUAUCAGACUGUCCUGUGCCAGAAAGCAGUACUUGGGAAGGUUGGGCUUCGCUGACCAAUGGAGGAAAAUAACACCAUGGGGUGGAAGUGUGCAUGCGUGUGUGUAUGUGUGCUUGUGUGUGUGUAAAAGGCUGCUUUCUUUCUGACCAGCCAGGAAGGAAACUUCUGGUUCCUCUCUCCCUUCCCCAUGUUUCCCAUCCUGUGUAUGCUCUCACAUUUCCCCUAGUGCUUUUUCUCUCCAAAUGCAGAGACCACUGUGUAUCUAGGUGGUGCCCCUCAUCAGGAGUGCUCUAGCUUUCCAGGGAAGGGGCAGUCAUGAGCCUAAAGUGGUGUCACCCAGUCCCCACCAGCCCACCAACCCUGGUCAGAGGGUCUGGUAGUGACCAAGCUGCAGCCUGCAGGGCCCUGAUGUGCCUGGCCCUGGGGACCUGAUCUGGGGGUCAGAUCUUCACCAUCACCUCAGGAAACCAUAGGACAGACCACAGACAAGAGGAAGGGCAGGUGAAGGCAGAAAGCGAUUGUUCCCCGCAUCCCCAUCUUGCACACACAGUUCCCAAACCCCUGCUGUCUUCUCUCCCCUCGAGGACAUGCUCACUGGGUUGAGAGGUGGUCAGUGUGGUGUUCUGUGGCUGUGUAGACAGAAGAUGGCUCAUCCACGCCCUUCCUCCUGAUCAUCUGAGGGCUCCCUGCAGCCCAUCUCGGCAACUUUUGAGCUCCUCCUCAUGCCAAGGUUUCCAGCAGGGGCUACUCCCCCACUGUACAGGGCCCUCCUCGCUGGCCUAUGCUUGCUCUAACUCAGGUUUACCAUCCUCGGCUUCCUUAUCACCAUCAGAUGCGUAUACCCUGUGGCCAGUUAGCAGGAUCUCCUUCAUUUCCUCUUCUGAGUGACAAUCUGCUACAGCCUUGCCUCACCUUUGCUCCCUCCUCCAUCUCAGAGAUGUAUCUGAGAACUGCAGGCCAAUCCCAGCCAGGCCCCCGCCAACCCCCAAGGAUAUGCCCCGAGCCCAGGCCAUUAGUGGUGGGCAGUGGGGCCCAUGCUACACCUGCCCUGCCCCAUGGGGCAUC